GAUAAUUUUCAGUAGGACAAAGAUUCCCACUCAGAAUGUUUUACUAAUCUUAUAUUGUACAAUUUCUCUCUAUAUCUCUCUCUCUCCUCUACCAUAAAGCAGAUGUGAUCCGACAAGCACACAAAGAAGUUCCUCAUUCAAAAAAGAUUUCUCAGCCAUCAAAAUUUCCUUUCUCUUCAUCCAACGAAAAACAACCUUUUUUCUUCUUUCAAAUCUUGCUAGAAUUAAACUAAGAAAAGAAAAUACCAGGUUUGUUUCUGCUCAUCUGAGGAAGUUCAUCAAUGGAUACGGCUCAGUGGCCACAGGAGAUUGUAGUGAAGCCCUUGGAAGAAAUAGUAACAAACACGUGCCCAAAGCCGCAACCGUCCCAGCCGCAGGAGCCAACACCCGAUGGGGCGGCAGGUGGAGUGGAAAGAAAGGCAAGGCCAGAAAAGGACCAAGCUAUAAACUGUCCAAGAUGUAACUCAACCAAUACAAAGUUUUGUUACUAUAACAAUUAUAGCUUGACGCAGCCAAGAUUCUUCUGCAAAGGUUGUAGACGGUAUUGGACUGAAGGCGGUUCGCUUCGGAAUAUCCCUGUUGGUGGUGGUUCAAGAAAGAACAAGAGAUCUCACUCUUCUUCGAUUUCUUCAUCUGAUAUUGGUAACAAUCACUCGGUUUCUACACAACCAGCUACAAAGAAGCAUCGCUCUGAUCAACAUCACCACCACCUCAUGAGCAUGUCUCAACAAGGGUUGACCGGUCAAAACCCUAAAUUUCUUGAGACGACUCAACAAGAUCUCAAUUUAGGUUUUCCACCACCACAUGGGUUGAUCAGGACCAACUUUACUGACCUUAUCCACAACAUAGGGAACAACAACAAGAGCACCAACAAUCUAUUGCUUAGUUCUUCAUGUUCUGCCACGUCAGCUAUGGCAACUUCCCCUCUGGAUUUCAUAAGAAACAACAAUAGUAAUAAUGGGAAUUCUUCAUUCAUGGGUUUUCCAGUUCAUAAUCAAGAUCCAACAUCAGGAGGGUUUUCGAUGCAAGAUCAUUACAAGCCUUGUAACUCAAACACCACACUGCUAGGGUUUUCAUUGGAUCAUCAUCGUAAUAAUGAUUUCCCCGGAGGAUUUCAAGGAGGAGAGGGUGGUGAUGAUGUGAAUGGAAGGCCCUUGUUUCCUUUUGAGGAUUUGAAAUUGCCAGUUUCUUCUUCAUCAGCAACAAGUAAUGUCGACAUUAAUGAUCAUCAGAAACAAGCAAGUGGUGGCGAUGCAGCUGCUACUUCUGGUGGGUAUUGGACUGGGAUGUUGAGUGGUGGAUCAUGGUGCUAAUUUUUCUUAGUUUGAUGAUGAAGCUAUUAAUGCUAUUUAUUUAAUUAAUUAAUAUUAUCUUAAUUUCACUUUGAACAUUCGUAUUGGUGGUUUUUUCUUCAUUUUUGUUAAUUUUGGGUUAAUUUUGAUUUAAGGAUAUUAUUGGAAGUGCAAUAUUGAAUGACUUUAAGUUGUUUUUAGUUU